UGUUCUAUAGUCCAGACUAUGUUCUAUAGUCCAGACUAAAGAUUUCUAUAGUAUAAACCUUUCUUUAGUUCAGAUUAAAAUCUAUUGUAUACUCCGGUCUAGUCUACACUGUAGUCCGUUGUUGAUCCAAAACCUCUAUAAAAUUUUCCUAUUUCAACAUUUUUCUUACAUUUAAGUUUUCAGUUUUUAACACAACAUGGCAGCUAAUAACAAUAUGCACAAUAUGCAUCUGCCGCCGCAACAGACCACAAAUCUAAUGCCAAUGACAAGCGGUGUAAUGCCACAAAGUGUUAUUGCAUCGACGGGCACUGUAAGUCCCAUGGUACAACACAUGAAUAUGCCACAACAGCAACAACAACAAAAUAAUAUUACCAGCAAUCAAGCAGCAUGGGAUCACUUGACCGCAACUACAAAUAAUAAUAAUACAAAUAUCAAUACUUCUCUUAUAAUGGGUGGUGGAGUAGUUGGAGGAGCAGGUGUUGGUCCCGGUGGUAUGGUAGGUCCUAGCAUUAUAUCAUCAACAGCAGCACCAACAGCAUCUAUACUACAUGAUCCAAAUGCUCCGGGCUCGGCAAAUAUAAUGACUUCAUUAAUUACAGGAGCUAAUUCGCCAGCCGGUCCCACUUGUUCUUCACCAUCAACACCCACUAAAUCGGGUCCCUCACCCAUGGAACAUAUGAUGGCACAUACACCACAAGGCGGUCCGCCGCCUAUGUAUACGGCUGGAGGUGGUUAUGGGGAAGAGUUGACCGCUGAACUGGUAAAUCAGGGAUGGCGAAAAUUUUGGUCGAAAAGAGAAAACCGUCCUUAUUAUUGGAAUAAAAUUACAGGAGAAUCUCUAUGGGAAAUGCCCGGUGCAAGACCAUUUGAUCCUCUUACAGAUCCCUUAGGAAUAUCACAUCCCGGUGGUCAUAUACCACCACCUAUGCAUCAUCCACAUCCUCAUAUGCAGCAGCAUCAUCAUCACCAUUUAAAAAGGCGUCCAUCAGAUGAUAUGCAUAUGCAUCCUCAUGGUCAUCAGCCGCCGCCCAUGAAGAAAUUCAUAUUGUCCGGUCCCUGGGAUUUAGAAGUGUGCACCAAUGCUGUUAUAGUAGAAAGGCCACCUACUUUAUUGCCACAACCACAUCCCGAAAUAGAAGCGCUGCGCGCUGCUUACACCAUGAAACUGGUGAAAACUUACGAAGAUCUUUGCAUGAGACGUGAAAACAUUAAGGCCCCUAAAGACUCGUUUAACCGCUGGUUAAUCGAACGUAAAGUUAUCGAUACCGGCUGUGAUCCUCUAUUGCCCAGCAAUUGUAUACCCGAAAUUUCAUCAGCCAUGUAUCGUGAAAUCAUGAACGAUAUACCGAUUAAGAUUGUUAAACCCAAAUUUACGGGAGAUGCUAGAAAACAAUUGUCACGCUAUGCUGAGGCUGCAAAAAAUAUUAUAGAAUCCAGAUCAUCACCGUCAGAAUCCAAAAAGGUGGUUAAAUGGAAUGUAGAGGAUACAUUCCAAUGGCUAAGGCGUACAGUUGGUGCCAGUUAUGAAGAUUUUCAAGAUCGUUUGGCCCACUUAAGACGUCAGUGUGAACCACAUCUAACCGAAACAGUUAAAAGCUCCGUAGAGGCAUUAUGUGCAAAAAUCUAUCAUUUAUCUGCUGAACAUGCACGCAAAAUACGAGAACGUCAUAUGCAGCUGUUAAAAGAACAUGGUAUACCCGAGCCCACACCGCCGCCACCACCACCACAUCUCAAGCAAGUCUGGUGUUAUCCCAUACAGUUUGCCGUACCCUCACCCCGUAUGCCCGCUAUUGAAUAUGUCCAAGAUCGUGAUCACAUGAUUAUUAAGUACACUCCCACUGCUUUAAAUCAACCGGAUGCACAAUAUAUUAAUCUAACACAUUUACAAAAGUUGGAACAGCUCUAUCGUCACAAUUGUUUCGAUGAUAAGAAAUUCGAUUUGUUUAUUGGACGCGUCUGGUGUUUGCUAAAACGUUAUCAAACGUUUUUGGGUAAUGUCUUGAAUUCUUCACAAGAAGCUGAACUAACACAGGCAUCAUUGCCCACUCCUGUAUUCGAAUGUUUACAUCGUCAUUUUGGUGUGACAUUCGAAUGUUUUGCUUCGCCAUUUAAUUCAUAUUUUCGUCAAUAUUGUUCGGCAUUUGCCGAUACUGAUGCUUAUUUCGGUUCAAGAGGACCGUUUUUGGAUUUCAAACCAGUUUCGGGUUCAUUUCAAGUUAAUCCUCCUCAUUGUGAGGAAUUAAUUGAUGCUGCACUUUUGCAUAUUGAUAAAUUACUUUCGGAAUCUAUGGAACCUUUGAGUUAUAUCUGCUAG